GAAAUUAAAUUUUAUUCUUUAUUUAACUGGAAGUGAAAUAAUCGGAAUAAAAACAAAGAGAUUAGAUGAGGAACCACAGCUACGUAGAGAUAAGCUUGUAGGGGGGAUAACUCUGAAAUACACUCCUAUUUACGGUGCAGUCGGACAUGCUUUUCUUUGUUGACCGCUAAAAUCUUCCAAGGAGCUUCCAUUUCUAAGUAACCUCACAUCACUUGCUACAUAUUUUGUUUCUUUUUUAAAAAAACGACUACUUAAAAUGGAUUUGUUAGGUUCAAUACUUGGUUCCAUGGAACCACCGCCGUCUAUAGGAGAUGAAGCUAAAAAAAGAGUUAAAGAACAAAAUGCUUUGCUGAAGAAAAAGCAGGAAGACGAAAAGAACAGGUUAGAACAAUUUCGGGCUCAGACUGAAAAGAGAAUCCAUGCAUUUGUAACAGACAGUAAUAAACAGAAAUACAAAUGGGAACCAAUGGACAAAGUAUUCCGUGCCAUUAUCCAUGAAGUAGCUGACGUUGCAGGGCUUACAUCAUUUUCAUUUGGUCUAGAGGAACAAGACAGAUAUGUUAUGUUAUGGAAAAAGGAAUUUACUCCAUCUGAUGAAGAAGUUCUAGCUUACCGAAGGGGCGAAGAAUGGGAUCCUGAAAAGGCUAAAGAGAUUGCCAAACAAAAGGAAGCUGAGUUGCAGCUGGAAGCUGAAUCUUCAAAAUCUAAAACUGUUUCCAACCCUACCCACAACUAUAAAGACAAAUACAAACAUUUAAUUGGUGAAGAAGCUGCAAAAGAUGCUGCCAAGCAGACUACUGCAAACAAAUCUUAUGGCUUUGUUCCGAGUGAAAACAAGCGAGACUCCAGAACUAUUGAACAGGUCCUGGCUGACACUCGAGCUAAGAAAAAACUAAAGACUGACACUGGUUCAAUCCCAGAUCCCUCUGUGGUUAGUCCUUCCUCUGAAGAUACUGCUCAGCCUUGACACCUGUCUUCUAAUUAUUGUAUCUAUAGAAUUUUUUUUUUCCAGAUUUCCCUCCCCUUUCAUUUUUUACCACCAUUUAUAUCAUAGUUUUUUUUUAAAAAAGAUACAAAACAACUUAACAAGUUUUAUUAUUGUUUUUAAUGACUUUCCACAUCUUAUUUGACAAUAUUUCAAGGUUGUUCAUUUUUUUUAAAUGAUAUGAACUGUAAAAUAAUAUAAGAAUUUGUUAAAAGUUGAUCAUAAUUUACAAGAAUAUUGUUAAAAUCUCAGUGUAUACAAUCGAAACAGCAUCAUAUUAUAUAGCCAUCUAUAUAUCAUACUUAACAUAUAUGCACCAUUGAGGACAAUGAUGCUAUGGAUCUUUGCCUGAAUCUGUUUUGUAGACCUGCUGUGUUGAAAACAUUAUAUAUAUAUCAGAGGAUGGUGAACAUGGUCCUAGCAGUGAUUCAUAAAAAAUACCAGAUUUAUUUUGCCCUUUUUUGGGGGCUUUGUUAUUCAGUAGUCACAUGCACAGACAAAAUCUGUCCCCUUCAACAUAUUGGAAACCACGACUAAUACAUUCACUGACAGUGCAGAAAGCUUGCCAAGCUAAAUACAAACAACUUUCAAGGAGGCCAAAAUACAUUUCGUGUUCUCAUGAGUCACUGGCAGGAUGGUUUUCUUUUUUUUUUUUUUGUCUCUUUCUCUCUUGUAUAUAUCUUGUCUUUAACCCUUUAACAUUCAGAUUAUUCUGUCAAAUAAUCUUUGUUUUGAAUUAAUCCUGCAUUAUCUCAUAGCUUUUGGUUUACAAUAAUGUGAUUGUUUAUUUUUAGAAUGUCAUUGUUGGGUAAGUUUGAAUGACUGGAUCUUGCCAGUUUGAAUAUAAAACAGGCAGAAUAUUUUGGCCGGUUUAAAUGCUAAAGGGUUAAAACAACAUAUUUAUAUACAGAUUUUCUCUCAGAUGAAAACCACACUAUCUUGCCUGUCAACUGUAUAUAUACAUGACGUAUAAUAUAUUGAUAGCUGUUUUAAUUUAAUGCUGUUUUAGUUGCAUACAUAAGUUUUUAUUCAGCCCAGCGGCUAUUCACAAUAUUGGUAAGUAUUAUCUAUUGUUCCCUAUAUAUCAUGGGGGACAGAUUUUGUCUAGGUAUCUGACUAAUGAGUACAUGUCAUUGACAAGGCCCAAGAAAGCUGAAAUGCAUCUGGUUAUCUUAUGAAUUACUGCUGGGACAAUAUUUUAUCUUGUUCUGAUAUUGUGUUUUUAACAACAUAUCUAUGAAGAGAUUUUCUCCUGGAUAAAAACACAUCAUGCCUCUCAACAGCAUAUAUGCAUUAAUUAUGAUACAUAGAUGGCUGUACGGUUAAUUUUUGUUUUUUAAAAAUCAACAAAACAACGUUAAUUAUAUUUUUAAGCAACAUGAGCAUGAUGAUUUUUGUUAAUUUAAAAAUUUAUAAUUAACAUGGGUGUAAUGAUUUUUGUUGCCAUAAAUGUAACAGUUGGACAGUUUUCAUAGUGCUAAGCACUUUGGACUUUCAAAUUGCAUGAGGCUGCCUCUAGAUCUGUUAUACAAAUCUUCCUAUUUUAAAAUAUUUAAUUUUUAUUUAUGAACCUUGUGUUGUGUUCUGUAUUCCAAACAUCAACUUAAUGAAAAUGUUUGUUUACCUAAACCCUUCAAAUAUUUGAUACAUGAAAAGAUGGCUAGGAAAUGAAGGAGUAAAUUAUCACUAACUGCUGCUUUUUUUUUUGUCAUGUAAACUGAAAGAAGCAGUGUUAUAUGCCUUACUUUAGAUGUUAAAGUAUUGGACUUAAUUGUUGCAAUCAUUGUGUCGUGUUGUCCUGAACAAAGUACACAAUCUGAUUAUUUCAGUUUUACCUGGUUGGCAUUUCAUUGUUCAGUGAUUAGGCAGUUGGAACUAGGGCUGGCGCUAGGGAGUGAAGGGCCCAAUUAGAGAAUUGUUAGUGGGGCCUUCUACUCUACAAAAGCUGAAGAUUGAUUGUUUAUGUUUCAUGUAGUAUGCUAGUCUCAGCCAAAAUGCAUUGAGGGCUUGAGGCUUCAUCAUCAGCCACAAUGAAAUACUAAAAGUUCAUCAUAGCAUAUCCACUUGAGCACAUGCAUAGAGCCCUCUCUUGGCAUGGGGCCCAAUUUGAACAAACCUGCCCAUGUGGCUUAAAACCAGCCCUGGUUGGAACAAUAUCUAGCUGUAGGAAUGAAAUCUAACAUCAGUAGGAACAACUUCCAACAAAGGAAUGGUAUCUAUGUACAAAAACUUACUUCUCUCCAUUCAAGUAAAACCUUGAGAAAAUAGAUGAAAAUCAAUAAAAGAAGAAAAAUCACCAUAUGAUCAAUUAGUUGUCCAACGUUUUA